UGCGUAACCCACUGCUGGUAGAUAGACGGGGCAAAAAGGUUGCCUUUCUGGGUCGUACACGCUAUCUGGAGCUUUGCUGCACUUUUAUGCGAAACGACAGCGGAUUCUAAAGACCUGCCGAGAGAUACAGCGCAUCGACAUCCAUCAGCCUGUCAUACUGAGCUGAGCAAAGACGGUUGAUGUUGUCCAUCCACAACAUGGCAGCUGAGACGGCAUAAUAAGCCCCUUUGAGGAGAAAAGGUCAGCGUAUUUUCAAAUUGCAGCUGAUCAAAACAUUGAAAAAUUGGUUUUCCAGGUAUUCCUCUCCAGAAGUUCCUGUUCGUAGAUGGUAACUGGGAGCUCAAGAUAAGAGAGCGAUCAUGGCCGUGUGGAUUCAGGCCCAGCAGCUGCAGGGAGAUGCUUUACACCAGAUGCAGUCUCUCUACGGCCAACACUUCCCCAUAGAGGUGCGACACUACCUGUCCCAGUGGAUAGAAGGACAACUCUGGGACGCCAUAGAUUUAGAGAACCCUCAAGAGGAGCUUAAAGCCAAGCGUUUGUUGGACAGCCUGAUCCAGGAACUACAGAAGAAAGCAGAGCAUCAAGUCGGAGAGGAUGGAUUCUUACUCAAGAUUAAAUUAGGACAUUACGCUUCACAGCUAAAGAGCACGUAUGACCGCUGUCCGCUGGAGCUGGUGAGAUGCAUCAAACACAUCCUUUACACGGAGCAGAGACUCGUCAGAGAGGCCACUAAUUCGAGUUCACCGGUGGGCGGGUUGAUGGACAGCAUGUCACAGAAAUACCACCAGAUAAACCAGGCCUUCGAGGAGCUGCGAAUAUUGACUCAGGACACAGAGAACGACCUCAGAAAACUACAGCACCAACAGGAGUACUUCAUUAUACAAUACCAGGAGAGCCUCAGAAUACAGGCUCAGUUAUCGAGUCUGGCCACGCUGCCUCCAGCAGACCGACAGCUACGAGAGCCCAGCCUGCUCAGCAAGAGAGCCACAGUUGAGGCCUGGCUAACCCGAGAGGCUAACACCCUGCAGAAAUACAGACUGAGCUUGGCAGAGAAACACCAGAAGACACUGGCGUUGCUCCGCAAACAGCAGACGGUGAUUCUUGAAGAUGAGCUGAUUCAGUGGAAGAGACGUCAGCAGCUGGCUGGAAACGGCGGCCCGCCUGAGGGAGGACUGGACAUACUACAGUCAUGGUGUGAGAAGCUGGCAGAAACCAUUUGGCAGAACCGUCAGCAGAUCCGGCGAGCGGAGCAUCUGAGGCAGCAGCUGCCCAUUCCAGGCCCCAUUGAAGAGCUGCUGACUGACCUUAACAGCACCAUCACAGACAUCAUCUCCACUUUAGUCACCAGUACCUUCAUCAUCGAAAAGCAGCCGCCUCAGGUGCUGAAAACACAAACGAAAUUUGCAGCGACGGUGCGUCUCCUGGUGGGCGGCAAACUCAACGUUCACAUGAACCCGCCGCAGGUCAAAGCCACCAUCAUCAGCGAACAACAAGCCAAGGCCCUUCUCAAGAACGAAAACACCAGAAAUGAUAGCAGUGGCGAGAUCUUGAAUAAUAACUGUGUGAUGGAGUACCAUCAGACCACAGGCACCCUCAGUGCACACUUUAGGAACAUGUCUCUAAAGCGGAUCAGGCGUUCAGACCGACGAGGGGCAGAAUCUGUUACAGAAGAGAAGUUCACCAUUUUGUUCGAAUCGCAGUUCAGUGUUGGUGGAAAUGAGCUGGGGUUUCAGGUGAAGACACUUUCUCUUCCUGUGGUGGUAAUUGUUCAUGGAAGUCAAGAUAACAAUGCCACGGCCACCGUUCUAUGGGACAAUGCCUUUGCUGAACCGGGACGGGUGCCCUUCAUUGUGCCUGACAAGGUGUUGUGGGCGCAGCUGUGUGAAGCUCUGAAUAUGAAGUACAAGGCAGAGGUGCAGUCAAACCGAGGUCUGUGUGAGGAGAAUCUUGUCUUUCUUGCCCAGAAAGCCUUUAGCAGCUCCAGCGUGAACCCAGAUGACUACCGCAACAUGACAAUGACCUGGUCACAGUUUAACAGGGAGAGUUUACCAGGCAGGAACUUCACAUUUUGGCAGUGGUUUGAUGGUGUCAUGGAGCUUACUAAAAAACACCUGAAGCCUCACUGGAAUGACGGGGCGAUUCUUGGCUUUGUGAAUAAACAGCAAGCUCAGGACAUGCUGAUGUCCAAACCCAACGGGACCUUCCUGUUGCGAUUCAGCGACUCAGAAAUCGGCGGCAUCACUAUAGCCUGGGUGGCGGAGAACCCUAACAAAGCAGGGGAAAGGAUGGUGUGGAACCUCAUGCCAUACACAACCAAAGACUUUUCUAUCCGCUCCCUGGCAGAUCGUAUCAGUGACCUGAAUCAUCUCUUGUUCCUCUAUCCCGACCGACCCAAAGAUGAGGUCUUCUCCAAAUACUACACCCCUCCUCUGUCUAAAGCCGUGGACGGAUACGUCAAACCGCAAAUCAAACAAGUAGUCCCAGAGUUUGCGACUCCAAACCCAGACCCUGCAGCAAACCCCACCUACAUGGACCAUGUAGCAUCAUCUCCAGCUGUCAGUGCACCACACCCUUACGGACUCUAUCCUCCAAUGGCUGACCCUAUGCUUGACGCUGAUGGUGAUUUCGAUCUGGACGACACCAUGGAUGUAGCGAGGCAUGUAGAAGAGCUGCUCCGUCGACCGAUGGAGGGCCAGUGGAGCGGCCAGCAGUCGUGACCUCUCCACCUUCCUCCUCUGUGACUUCUCUCUCUCUAAAUAAUGUUUUUUAAAUCACAUUUUCUCCUCCGCCUCGGUGUAUUUUCCCCCAUUUGUUUUCUCGGUGUGGGUCUUUAUGACUUUCAGUUCUAUUUCUUUAUCCCCACCCCUUGUUUCUAUAAAAGAGAAAGGAGAUAAUGACAGAAAAAAAACAUAUAUAUAUACAAAAUGAGCCUUUCUCUAAUUAAAUACCACCAAACAGUAUUGUAGAAAAACAAAAGAGAGACGCAUGUUAUCUCUUUUCCUUUGUGCGUGUUUUUUUUUUUUCUUCUUCUCUCAGAUUGACUUUUUUUUCGCAGAACAAAUCUCUGAAACCCUCAAACCGUACUACUGUAAGGAACUUUUUUUUUCCUCAAAUUGUUUUAUGGAUGUCAUUGUAUUUUGGGGGCUGUUCCGAUAUCUACUGCAUCAGAAGUAAAUGCGUAUUAUCCAUUGCACUGUUAAGCGAAUGCGUUCUUGCAGAUGAUGUUGUUGUUACCAUAGCAAUCGCAAUGUAACGCUUCUGUACACUAAAGAGUGUUUGGGUUGCAAGGCUGUUUAACAUUCGGUGCACCUACAAUGAGUCUUAACAUCCCCUCACCGUCUGUUCAAUCUGAACCGCAUACCCAAGCGAAGGCCUGUUCACACCUUUGAUGAUAACUUUAACAGUAACUAUUAUAGAUAGAGUUUUAAAAUUCAUUUACACAACACCUUAAUAUGUUUGUUUUGGUCUCGACCACUGCGUUUUGGGCACCUGAAAAUGUAAUAAUGACAAUAAAAAACAAAUGUAAAGACUGCAACACCACACUGUAGCUACUAAAGUAUAACAUUUUAUUAUUAAAAAGCUAUCACGUUGCCACAUAUCAAAGAAUUCUAAAAAAAAUAUGAUAGAUAUACAUAAAUUCAAAUAAUAUUACCUCUUUAGACAAAAUGAAAAUCCAGAAAACGUCCUGCUACAAUUUAUUAUUAAUUAUAAAAAAAUUAUUACAUAUAUGAAUACAAUGAGUACGUUUACAUGGACACCAAUAAUCAGAUUUUAAAACGAUUAAGACAAUACUCUGAUUAAGAGUCUAGCAUGUAAACAGCGAUUUUUGUUUACCUUAAUACGACUAAAAUCAUAAUCAGAUUAAACAGAAUUUGAAUCAAGACAUGUGGCGUGUGCCUAUUUUAGUCACGUUAUUGAAGUGCUGUACAGACAUGUAAACACAGCAAUCAAACUAUUACCGUCAUGUAGGAUUUUCACUGCAUUUUGCGACAGGAUAGUCUAUACACACAGCUGGUUGACACUAUUCUCUGCACCUACCGAGUCCGAAGGGUCACAGACACCUGCAUCAUGAAAUGCGGAGCUUUUUUUAUCCAAUGGUAUCAAAUUUCAUUAACCAAUACUCUUCCAGCAGUUCAUACUCACAUCCAAUAUCUCGUUUGUCAGGGGGGACAGGCACGAAAUGUUCCUGAAUUAAAGUGAAAAUGCCGAACUGCAGUUAAAGUCGACAAAUUAACAAUGACGUUAAUCGAAAAGUUCCUUAUUUCCUGCAUAAUGAAGGAUAUAAUCA